UUCCUCUGACUGACGUCAGCCUCGCCGCUCCGGACACCGCGCUGAGAAAAAUGCUGCUCUCCGUACCGCCGAGGACGGGAAUCAACCCCUACAACGGAUACAACAGCAGAAACAGCAAAAAGCAAGCCUAUGUGUCCUCCAGCCACCAGAUGGCGCUGCCCAGUAGCAACACCAACAGUAGCAGCGUGAGUAGCGCGGGAGGUGGGGAACAGCUGAGCAAAACCAACCUUUACAUUCGUGGACUCCAUCCAGGGACCACUGACCAAGACCUGGUCAAGCUCUGCCAACCGUAUGGAAAGAUUGUGUCCACCAAGGCUAUUCUGGACAAAACCACCAACAAAUGCAAAGGUUAUGGCUUUGUGGAUUUCGACAGUCCUGCAGCAGCACAGAAGGCUGUGACAGCGCUCAAGGCCAGUGGGGUUCAAGCUCAGAUGGCCAAGCAACAGGAACAGGACCCUACCAACCUGUACAUCUCUAACCUGCCUGUGUCCAUGGACGAGCAGGAGCUGGAGGCCAUGCUCAAAUCCUUCGGCCAGGUUAUUUCCACACGCAUCUUACGGGACGCUAACGGAACCAGCAGAGGUGUAGGGUUUGCAAGGAUGGAAUCCACAGAGAAAUGUGAAGCCAUCAUUCAGCAUUUUAAUGGAAAAUAUAUUAAAACCCCACCAGGAGUGCCAGUACCUACAGAACCGUUGUUAUGCAAGUUUGCUGACGGAGGACAAAAGAAGAGACAGAACCAGGCCAAGUACCUACAGAACGGUCGACCCUGGCCUAGAGAUGGUGAAACGGGAGGAAUGACGCUCACAUACGACCCAACAGCCUUACAGAACGGAUUUUAUUCUUCUCCGUACAGCAUUGCUCCAAACAGAAUGAUUGCUCAGACCUCUCUUUCUCCAUACAUGCCCUCACAAGUUCCGUCCUACCAGGUGCACAGCCCAUCCUGGAUGCAUCAUCAGUCGUACCUCAUGCAGCCCACUGGGGCCGUUCUGACUCCAGCUAUGGAUCACCCAAUGUCCAUUCAGCCCACGUCUAUGAUUGGACCCCUGACCCAGCAGCUCAGUCACCUGUCUCUCGGCAGCGCUGGCACGUAUAUACCUAACGCAGCUAUGCAAGGGACGUAUAUCCCUCAGUACACCCCAGUGCCUCCCUCUAGUGUUACAUUAGAGGAAAAUAGUGGACAACAGCAGCAGGUUUCCAUGGAGACGCCUUCAGAACACACUAAUUAUUCCUAUCAACACAGCAAAUGAAGCUACAGUCCUCUGAAGGUGCUACACAGUGCUGUGGACAAUGGGAAUCUCUCUGAGAGAUUUGCGGAUUACCACAGACAAAGAGUACCAGAGAGGAUACGGAUCACAAAAGGCGCAUGUAUCUUUUGUAGAACAGAGACAAAAAAGGACAUCACUCAUCUUUUGUUCAACUCCUCUCUCUUCAGGAGUCACUCAGCCAACGGUGGGAGACUGUGCAAAAGAGCUAUCAAUCUUUGAUGUAUUUUGAUAACAAAACAGAAAAAAGCGUAAAAAAUAAUGAUGAUUUAGAAAAGGGUAAGGAAAACACAAUGUGUUCUUUUAUGCACGUAAUGGCAAAUUCUUAUUUUUAAGAACUAAUUCUUUAAUAUGGGAGGAUCAAAACAGAGAAAGUUAAAAAUGUCUUUUAUUGUUUGUAAAAUAUGCAACUUUUUUUUUUUUUUUUUUAGAUUUGUUCCUUUUUUUCUCAAGUCCGCAGCAGUAAGAUAUUUUUGUACAGAUUAAGGUGCAAACAGUGCAUUUUGUUUGUACUAUGUUUGAAUUUGUUGUUUGAUAUUGAGUUUUGAUGAAGAAACCAUUUAAAGCCACUUCUUCAUGCUGCACAUUUUUAAGAAUCUUUAAAAAAAAAUAGUGAUGAAAUCACUCUAAUUCAAUCAUCACUUCUCUGAAAGCAACAGACAAUCAUUAACUUAUUAUUUAUUGCAAAGUUUGUUACAUACCAAGGCAAUAUUAGCUUUCCAGUUCAUAAGAAAUAUUAGAUGCAGAAAUAGAGAUUAUCCAUUUAUGUGCAUUUUCUUUUUAAUUAGUAAUGGAAAUAAAUCCGAAUUUUUGUAAAAAGUUAUUUUAUGAGGGGCAUUUUAAAUCUAGUGAUUACCUGUGAAACAGUUUAUGCCUGCAGUGUUCGGGAUCCGUUCAUUUUUAUUUGAUAGUUAAAAAUGAACAAAAAAGAAGUAUAAAUAAUUUUAGAAUUAAAAUCCUGUAUCCUCUAGAUUUUUUUGGUGUAUAUACAAUAAUGACACCAAACAUUUCAGGGUUCUGAAAGCUGUUUUUUGUUUAAAUGUGCAUUGUAAUGUACAUAGUGUUGAAUUCCAACAGAGGUCUAGAGGAAGUGACUUUAAGUGGUUUGUAAGUAUCAAAAAUAGUUAAUAAAAGAUGAUAACACACUUGAUGAAGCUUCUCAAUACAACAUCGCUAAAAAUCAGCAUAUCUUUCUUCACUCACUAAUCGUUGUCAUUUUGGUGGACUUUUGUUGUGUUAUGAAUCCAUCAAACACAUGCAGUAGGAGAAUAUAAUCAUGAAAAGGAAAGGAAGAAAAACAGGGCAACUGGGUAUAUGUUAUGCAGUUUUCCAUCCAAAAAAAAAACCUAAAAUUCGCUGACAAUGUACUUACCUCAGGUCAUUCAAGAUGUAGAUUUAGAAAAAAAUUGCCUUACAUGCAGUGAAUGGGUGCCGUCAGGAUGAGAGUCCAAACUGCUGAUAAAACCAUAACAAUAAUCCACAAGCAAUCCACUUCAGUCCAUCAAUUAAAGAAGUCCACUUCCAGAACAAAAAUUUACAGAUAAUUUACUCACCCCCUUGUCAUCCAAGAUGUUCAUGUCUUUCUUCAGUCAAUAUGAAAGUAUGUUUCUUGAAGAAACAUUUCAGGAAUUCCAAAAUGCAGUUUAAAUGCAGCUUCAAAGGGCUAUAAACGAUCCCAGCCGAGGAAGAAGGGUUUAGCGAAAUGAUCAGUCAUUUUCGAAACAAAUUUACAAUUUACAUGCUUUUUAACUUCAAAUGCUUGUCUUAUCUCGUCUUUGUGAUGCGCAUGCGUAGUCUGUGUAAUCCAGGUCAAUACAUGUAGGGUAUGUCGAAAAACUCCCGUCUCGUUUUCUUCUUCAACGUCAAAAUCGUCCUACAUCACUGUUUUACCAUUUUUUGUAAAUGGCGUUUGAUCUUGUUUGCAUGUUCACUUUGUAAACACUGGGUCAGUACUUCUGCCGCGAUGUAGGACAAUUUUGAAGGUGGGGAAGAAAAUGAGAUGGGAGUUUUUCGACAAACCCUAACUGUCUUGACCGCAUUGAACCAGAAAAAAACAAGAGUUCACGUAGACUUGGAGUAAAAGUAUAUAAAUUGUCAAUUUGUUUCGAAAAUGACCAAUCGUUUUGCUAGAUAAGAACCUCCUCCUUUGGCUGGAAUCAUUUAGAUCCAUUUGAAGCUGCAUUUAAACUGCAUUUUGGAAGUUCAAACUUGGGGGCACCAUUGAAGUCCAUUAUAUGGAGAUAAUUCCUGUUUUUUUUUUCCUCAAGAAACAUAAUUUCUUAUCACCUGAAGAAAGACAGACACAAACAUCUUGGAUGACUAGGGGGUGAGUAAAUUGUCUAUAAAUUUUUCGUUCUGAAAGUGAACUUCUCCUUUAAUGUCUUUUGAAGCCGAAAGCGGUGUGUUUGUAAGAAACAUUUUUUAAAUGUCUUGAUGGAUUUUUUUUUUUAGAAAUAUGAAGCUUCUCACAUCACAAAUAUUAAUUGAUGGACUGGAGUUGUGUGGAUUAUUGUGAUGUUUUUAUCAGCUGUUGGUGAGCAUAUGAUGAAAUGCUACAUUUCUCCAAAUCUGUUUCCAUGAAGGAGAGUCAUUUACAUCUUAGCUGGCCUGAAAGUGAGUAGAUAUAUUUUUUUUGUUUAGGAUGUUUAGGUAUUGUAAAACAAGACCAAAAUACUGAUUAGGACGCUGCUAUUUUGCAGCAGUAAUGAAUCCAGCGAUGUGGCCUCAUCAGGUUAUGUGUUAUCAUGGCUUCGGUUCCGUACAGUGCAGAGAUUUGUAGAAAUAUCUUCAAAAAUGGUGCUGGGGUUAUACAUGAAACAUGUAUAGCAGGAAAAAAAAUGGAACAGACGAUUAGGAACAAGAAGGACAGAAGCAGUUCUUCAGCAUGUAUAGUCGCUUUCUUCCUUCAUGCUGCUGUUUUUCUGUUUUUUUUUUUUUUUUAAUGAUUUGUUUUCACUGAUGUGUUUUAUCUUUCAAGUGAGGUUAGAUGUAGUAUUUGGGCAAAGCUUUACUUUCUGAAAACUUUUUGAGAUGAUGAAAUCAUUUGGUUGUGUGUGUUGGUUGCUGUUCCUUUUUAAAUCCCUGAUUCAUAGGAAUUUUUUUGUGUUUGUGUGCAAAGGAAAGACAUUUUCUUGAGUUACUUUCAUGUUCUUAUGUCUUUUUCUGUGCUGUUUGUUGUUUUACUUGAAAUUUACUGUGCUGGUCAAUCAUGAUGCACUUCUAAAAAUAGUUUAAAUAUCCAAAAUGAAACAUUUUGAUAUCAUUGAUGAUCUAAAAACAGUGUUUAUUUACUCAUGAGUUGUUUUCGUACACUAAAACAUACCAUUAGAUGUUAUAAAUGUCUUUAGAAACACAAGGGCUUCUAUAACACUGAAGACACAUGAUGCAGUUGUUACUUCCUUCGUUUGAGGGCUUCCCCCUAGGUGCGCAUUACAUUUUAUGAAUGUAAAGCCAUGACCUUGGUCUGAAAACUAUUAAAUGGUUUUCAUUAAGAGACUUUUUACAUUCUUCUGGAAUAGCAGAAUCUCCAUCCAUAAAAUGCCUAGUAGCUACUAGCUAGAUUACCUUGUAGGAUAGUUGUGUUACUGAAACUGAUCAUUACCUCUCUUUUACAGUUUACCGUCACUCAGGCUAAAAUUCAAACUAUCAGCAGUCAUUGAAAUCUGUAUGUGGUGUUCUUGUCUUCAGACAUCCAAAGAAUCGAUUCAUUCCUGUUACCAAAGAUACCAAUGCCACCAAGAUACAUCAUAUCUACACAAUCGCAGUUGUUUCCUACUAUAAGUAUAGUAUAAAGUAUAAGUAUAAAAAAUAUACUAUAUUAAAUCCAUGUGACUGAUUAAGGAGCUGAUGAGUUUGUUGGAUACCACAAAGAUUUUGGCAUUAUCACCUUUUUCCAUUACUUGGACUUCUCAUCCUUUGCCCACUUUUUCAAUGUGAUUUUAUUGUUUUAAGUUCUAUGUCAAAUCUUCUGUACUAAAGAUAUUUCUCAAAUUACACCAUGCAUUUCACCUCAUGAAGGAAAUGGGAUUUAUUUUGGUUAUCAGACCAUAUAUCAUCCAUUAUUAACACAAAACAUUAAACAUGAUUUUGAAACUAUGAAAUGAUGUGUUGAUUAUUUAAUUCAUGUGAUUAUUAUUCAUUCUGAUUCAUUACAUCUAAAUUAUAAAUUAUCUACAGUUUUCAAUAACUGGCAUGAUACUGGAUGUGAAAGUCAGUAUGCGUAUUCUCAUCAAUCAGUUCAAAUUUGCAUGAUUUCAUCUGUUUUCAAAGAAUAGCUGCUAUUUUUUUUUUUUUUUUUUUUUUUUUUUUUUUUUAACAGCUCAUUUCAUAGUUUCAAAAUUAGUAUUGCUGCUAACAUGGGGUGUUCAAGCUGUUCACCAGAUAAAGCCAUAAACAACAGAACCAUUAAAAGUUAUCGUAGCGGAAUUGUAAUUUUGUCCUGGAGAGUUCACAGUUUGUACAAUGUGCCUCAAGAAAUGAACUUAGUUGUAUUAGGUCAGUAGACAGUAUCUAGAUCUCUAGAAAUGAGUAGUUGUACAGAAGUCAGUACUGUAUGUUUGAUGCUGAUUUUGUGAUUAUUGAACAAAUGGCUUGAUGGCUUGUCUCUUGAACAGCUUUUUAAACAGUUUUUAUUUAUACAAUAACACAUUUUGUACAGGUAGCUGAAGAAACAGUUUGGUGGUUUGUUUGCAUGUUAACCGGAGCUUCUAGCCGGUAAUUUGUCUUCCUGUGCCACACUUUCUGAUUUUUUUUUUUUCAGAAAAAAACAAAAGAAAAACUACAACAAAAAUGUCCUUUUGUUUUUGUUUGUGCCUUUUUUUAAAAAUUGAUCUCUUGAAUUCCCUUUUUUAAUAAAAUUUUGUUUGUA